UUGAAUGAACUACUAAAAAGCAUGCUAACGACUAAUAUCGAUUCGCCGCAACAUAAAAGAAUCCUUCAAAUAAAGAUUAGUAAGAAGGAUGAUUCUCUGUCAUCUAGUAUUUAUCGAACGUAUAAAUCGAAUGAAAACGUUAUCAAGAUUAAAAAAGCCAAGUAAUUAUUAUAUAAUACAAUUUUAUAAAAUUUUUAUUUUUAAUUUUUUAUAUUUUACAUUUUUUAUCGAAGGAAGAUACAUCUGGAACUAAUCAAGUGUGCUAAGAAUGUAAACGAUGCAUAUGGUCUACAUAUUUUAAUGUCUAUAUCAACAGCUUUCAUUUUAAUCACUGUUAUAUCUUACAAUCUAUAUUAUCAUAUAACUACCGGAGUCUACCGUACGCAAAUUUAUCAAUUUUUUCAUUUCUUAUAUUGGAUUUCUUAUUUUGCGUUCAAGAUAAUCAUAGUAAGUCAUGUGUGUGAAAGAACUAUAUUAGAGGUAUGUUUUUUAAAUAUUCAUUAUAUUUUUCGCAAAUUUCAAUGGAAUAUUGAACGAAAUAAGUAUUGAUGUUAUAUUAUUCUUCUUUACAUGCGAUGAAAACCGGAGAUAUCGUCUGUGAAUUGUACGAACCGUCAACCAGCAAAGAAUUUCGUGCUGAGAUACGUGACUUCACUCUACAACUUAUUCAAAACCCACUGACGUUUACAAUUUGCGGUUUUUUUUAUCUCGACCAUACAUUGAUACGUAAUGUGAUCGGUUCCGUCACAACUUAUCUCGUUAUUCUCAUUCAAGUUGGAAAUGUACCAAUACAAGUUUUCAUUGAAGAUUUGAAUUCAUCGUCUACAUAAGAGAUUUGAAAUCAUUGUUACGCAUUCUAAACUAUCUACGAAAUACGUUCCGUUUUAUUAUUUUGUAUUAUUAAAAAAAAAGGAAAUGUAAAUUUUCAUUCAUUGACAAUAAUUCUAGAUACAUUAUAUAUUAUAUUAACACGGUAUAAAAAAUUAAUCAAUAUCUAAAAUGGUUAAGCGCUUGUUUAUGAUGAAAAUUAUAAUAAAAAUGUACAGAUUCUAAGAUAUAAUAAAAUUGAAUAUAACUAUACUACCGUUUAUUAUCUAAUCUCCUGAUCGGUUAACAAGGAACGAUCGAUUCUCACGUACUCAUCCCUAAC